GAAAGAAAGAAAGAAAGAAAGAAAGAAAGAAAGAAAGAAAGAAAGAAAGAAAGAAAGAAAGAAAGAAAGAAAGAAAGAAAGAAAGAAAGAAAGAAAGAAAGAAAGAAAGAAAGAAGCUCAAUGAAAUGGGAGUCAGAUCUGAGUUCCAACACUGGACUCUGGCAUUACAGGCUGGAUGAUCCUGGAGGAGUUUCAUCUCUCUGAGCCUUGAUUUUUCCCCCUGUAAAAUGGGAUUACUUUUGUAUAUACUACUUACUGCAAAGUAUGGUUGCGAGAGAGAAAAAAAAUACUGAGUAAACCUUAAAAUUCUACAGUCAAAGGCAAAUGAUUACUAUCAGCCAAUCACUUUUCCCCAUGAGGUUUCUGUAACACCUCCUCUAAGAUAGAGAGCAGCUACUCUCAAAGCCCUGGUCUUGGUCCCUUUCAAUAGGAGAUAGAAAUCCCUUUAUCAGCCUGCAGUCUGUGGGGGAUGUGGGACUCUCCAUGGGUCUCUCCCAGCCUUCUGGCUCCCAGAGGCUGAGGCUGCAGAGGGGCAUCUCCUUUCAUCUCUUAGCCUUUGUUUUAAGCAGCAGCAGCAACUGCACCGGGGCAGGAACCCACACGGAUGGAGGAGUAGCAGACCUGCAGCUUCAAGGAAGGAACCAACAGGCUUUCCUUUGGGGUCAGCAUGUACCCUGGUCAGCUUGGCUGGACCAUCUCCUUCCUCCUGAUACUCCACUUCACAUUUGGCUACGAGGACCUCGCCUGCUAUACAGACUAUAUCCAGACUCUGACGUGUAUCCUACAGGUGGAGCCUGGAGGCCAUGCUGAGACCUCCCCUGACCUCACUAUUGAGUGGACUGAUGCCUACGGGGAACUGGAGGAAUUCGUGACCUCUUGUAGCUUCUACCGAUCAACCCACAACCAUACUCAUAUGCAAUAUACAUGUCACAUGGAUGUGUAUAAAUUCAUGUCAGAUGAUGAAUUCAAUGUCACCAUCACAGACAAGGCAAGCAACAGCUCAAGCAAGGGAAGACCCUUCAUCCUGUCUCAGAGCAUUAAGCCAUAUCCCCCUUUCAAUGUGACUGUAACCUAUUUUGGAGAUUAUAACAUUUCCUGGAAAACCCUCUAUGAAGAUCCUCUUUACUACGCAUUACAGAACAAGCUACAAUAUGAGUUACGCUACAAAAAACUACAAGACUCCUGGACGACUCAGAAGACCAAGUUCAUAUCAGCUGACUUGAAGUCAGCAUUACUCCUAUCCUUGGAAUUCCAGAAGGACUCAGUCUAUGAAAUACAAGUUCGAGCUCGGCCCCAAUCACCACUCUACAGUGGGAUCUGGAGUGAAUGGAGCAAUUCCACCUUUUUCAGGACACAACCAGUGGAAGAGAAAUCCGAAUGGUCCUCUUGGCUAUUCCCCAUCUCACUCCUCGUGGCCAUAUUUGCUUCUCUGGCUGGCUGGAAACUGACACAGAGGCUAUGGAAGAAGAUGUGGGUGCUGGUACCCAACCCCGCGUCCUUCUUUCAGCCCCUGUACUCAGCCCAUGAGGGCAACUUUAAGAGCUGGGUAGGAACGUCCUACGUCACAAGCACCAUGGAUUUGUUUUACUGGAGACCAAUGCACCCAGAAGUAUAUGAAAGUUGUCUCACCAAAGAAAUUGAGUUGAUUGAUGCUCAUGGGCAACCCAAGAUAGGCUACUGUGGAAUCCUCCCCCCUGGACCCUCCCAGACAGAAGUUGGACCCUUUGCUUUAGGAUUUGGUGAGAGGAAUGACAAGUCCUAUGGCCAUGUGUCCCUUGACACAGUGAUGGUGGUUGGUGACAAGGAGUCUGGUCAGCUGUGCUGUGACUGCAGUCACCUAGCACAGGAUAGAGGUGGUGACUGUGAUGGAGAUAAUUACCCCAAGAUAAACCUUGAUGGUGACCAACUUGUUGGGCAGGGCUCUGGUGACCUGCCCUUAGGGAGAGAUGAUAGAAUCAUAUCCUCUGGUCAUGUCUCCAUGGAGAGCCCUGGGAGGAUCCCAGUCUGGCCAGAAACCCCCAUUGGCAGUAUUUUGGAAGCCCUUUGCUUGCACCCUUCAGAGGCUUGGGAUCCAGUGAGCCCUAUUUCCCUUCCCUCACAGGAAGGGGAAGGUGCUCCCUUCAGCCAAGGACCUUAUGCACUCUUCUCCUGCAGCUCAGAGAAAGAGGCCUUUGGCCAUCCACUGGUCAGCUUGGAUAUGGACACCUUUGACAGUGGCUUUGCUGGCUCUGACUGUGACAGUCCCUUAGAGAGUGACUUCAUGGGUGGGAGUCCAGUGGAAAGGGAAGGCACCUCAACCUUAGGCACCAAUCUUGUUGAGGAUGACACCCCAAGAAGUUACAUCAAACAGUGGGUGAUUUUUCCUCCUUCUUCCCCAGGUGGCAAUCUGCCUUCUCUUUCAGUGCCCCCUUAGAUCCCAAGGUGUUAGGAGAGUGUUGAGAGGGGGACGGGGAAGCCUGUGAUUACAUAAAGUGACUAUGCAGUGGGCAACCUCUCCUCCACCAAGCUAAAGGGCUGUAGACACUUGAUACUGAAGGGUCCAAGAUUGACUUCUCUCCACAUUGGUGCUUACAACUCAAGUUGGAGACACAGGCUUGGGCAGGAGUGCAACUAGAACCACAUCAUAAAGCAGCCAAAGAACUGGGAUGUGCCAAAUGCCAGAGUGUGUUUGCUAAAUACGUUUUCACAUUUUAUUCCUAUAGCUAUAGCUCCAGGCUCUUAUGGUCAAUCAGUUAAUGAUCAUUUAUUAAGAACCAACUGUGCCAGGCAUUGUGCUAAGUGCUGGAGAUGCAAAAACAGGGUAAAUAGUUCCUGUCCUCAAGAAGCUCACAAUCUAAUCUCUCUGUAGGAAGAGUGGUAGUUUAUGGGGCUCUGGUCUUAUUCUUUCCUCCUUCCCCUCCUGGUUUUCUCUUUCUUCUUCUUUUUCUCUCCCCUUUGCCAACCUCCUCUCUCAUCUUACCCCCCCCCCAUAAAGGACACUUAUAUUUGGAGAAGCAGGUUUAGAGUGAAAAACAAAGGAUUUAGGCUCUGAACAUAGUCCCUCCACUACCUAGCUAGGUGACUUUAAGCAAGCCAUUUACUUUGACAGGAUUUAGUUCUCUAGCCCAAGGGAAUUGAAUUAGGUAAUCUAAGAUCCUUUUCAGCUUUAAAUAUACAAUCCCAUGACUAAGAGCCUCUUUCAGCCCCACUUCUCAAAAGCCAAGUAGAUCUCAUGAAAUCUCCAUGGGAAGGUUAUAGGUCUGGAGUUGGCAGAGAUUUUAAGUUCAGCUCCCUCCUUCUCUAGAUGAAGAAUUUGAGGUCAAGAGGUAGUUAUUUGACUCGCAUCACACCACUGAGAGCAGAGAUGGGAUUUGAACCCCAAGUUUUCUAGCUCCAAAUGAAGGAGGGAAGAGAUCACUUCUGGUUCCUUCCCAAACAUAGUACCUGUUCCAAUGUAUCACACAGACCCUCACAUUUAUGUGGAAAUAUUGCCUCAUAUCAGGGAAUGGCUAUUCUACGUGAUGGCUGGCUUUCUCAAACUCAUGACUUCUUACACUAGACAUUUUGGAUGUCAGACUACCCUAAAGAGGAAGGGGUUAUAGGAGGCAAAACAAGGGUAUCACACUGGAAUGUAAUGGAGUGGCUUUUGACUCUUAGAUCUCCCUCUUCAGGGGGAUAGCUUCUCAGAAACUAAGAGGAACUGAGUGAAGAGAAAGAUACUCAUGCUUCUCUGCUUCUCCCUGGGGUUUUCUGUUUGUAGGAACCUGUCUGCUCCUUUAAAGGAGACCAAUGGUAUUGCCUCUUUCACUUUCCAAGUUCUCCCACAUCCCAGAAUGAUUCAAAAUAUCUGCUAUUGGUGUUUUUUUCUUCUUUCCAAGUUUUCUUUGGUGGGGGGCUCUCUUAUCUCCAAAUAGUUUGAAAUAGGAGUGCUUUGUAAGCUUUAUGAUACUAAAUCAAUGUGAGUUAUUGUUGCUAAUAUCACCUUCAAAUGGCAAGAAAAUGGAGCAGGGCACUUUGGGAGAUGCCCAUCCCCUCUGCUAUCUCAAAUGUUAUUAAGCAAUAAUUUGUGGGGGACACAAUCUUAGGCAGACAAGGAAUAUAAUGCCCAAACCACAAGUCAGAUUGGAAAAAAGAAUCAGAUGACUGGUACCAUGUAGAUAAGAAGGGAUUGAAUGAAGCUUUUGCUUUUUAACAGCAUGUUUAAUCAACCAAUCAGCUUGUAAAUCAACAGACAUUUAUUAAGUGCUUACUAGGUACCAAUACAGAAGAGACAGUCCUCGCCCUGGAAGAGCUUACAUUCUACUGGGGGAGGUAGUAGGGGUGGCAUAUGACAGGUUCACCAAAAAUGUACACAAAAUAAAACCCCCAUGAUUGGGGGCAGAGAGCCAUUAAAUUGGAGACUCUGGAAAGACCUCUCAAAGAUAAGUAAGCUGAGCUUUGAAGGAGCUAGGGGUUCUAAAAAACAUAGAUGAGGAGGGAAAACAUUCUAGGCAUGGGGGAAAAGAAACCAUGUGAAAGAUGCAAGGAGGUGGACAAUGAGAUAUCCUCUAUGAAGAAAAGCAAGUAGGUCAGCAUGGCUGGAAAACAGGGCUUGAUGGGGAAUAACGUAUCAUAAGCCUGGAAAGACAAAUUAGACUAAGAAUUGGAGAUGUCUUAUCAGGGUUAAGUGCCUAUCAAUUGGGUAACAGCUGAAUAAACUGGUACAUGAAUGUUAUGGAAUAAUAUUGCAGUAUAAGAAAGGAGACUCAGAGAAGCUUUCUUGGGAAGAAAACUGUAUAGACCCUGAUGCAGUGUGGAACGAAUAGAAUCAUCAAUUUACACAAUGAAUACAACAACAGAAUGGAAAACCACUUUAAAAGACUUUAAAACUUUAACCAAAGCAAUGACCAGUCAUGACUGCUGAAGAUGGAGAAGGAAGUCUACCUUCUAUUUCUUGGCUGAGAAGUGAUAGACUGGACACACUGGAUGAAAUAUACAUUUUCAGAUUUGGCCAAUGUGUUGGUUUUGCAUGAUUAUGCUUAUUUGUUAGAAGGGAGGGUUUGUGUGUGUGUGGGGUGGGAGAAGUGUGAAUUGGGGGUAUUGUUAGAGCAGUCAAAAACAAUGUUUUAAAUAAAAGAAAAAAAUUUAAAAGGG